GGCCGCGCGUCUCUGCGCGGCGGGGAUCGGCGGGGCGGGGUCGGCCCAGCACCGCCCGGAGCCCCGCCCCGCCCGCACCCGCCCCGCGGGGCCGCCUGCACCGCCCGCGUCGCCGGCAUGGACGCGCGAGGACCCAGAGCCCCGGGCGGGGACGCGCUGCGGGACGCGGCAGAAAACCUAUUUCAGGAACUUCAAGAACAUUUUCAAGCUCUAACUGCAACACUGAACCUAAGAAUGGAAGAAAUGGGAAAUCGCAUUGAAGAUUUACAGAAGAAUGUGAAUGACUUAAUGGUGCAAGCUGGGAUUGAAAAUUCUAGUAAAGAACAAAUGAUCUGAAGACAGUAGACCAGUCACUUCAAAAUGUGAUAAAGUCAAAGCUGUGCUUUUUGAAUAAUAUGUUGCAUAAUAUGUUGCAUAAUAUGAGUUCUGAUUUUUUAAUUUAAUUUAAAAAUUCCUUUUAAUGAAAUGAAAGAUUAAGAGAACAAUGCAGUAAGAACAUAGUUUAGAAGGUGAUUAACCACUUGAGAAAGACGGUUGGAAAAGGGCAGAGCAUCUUUCAACUGCGCACCUCGUAUUCCUAAGACCUGGGAGAAAAGCAUAAGCUAUGUUAGGUCAAUUUCUUUUCCUGAAUUAAGUUCUAUAUAGAUCUUUUUUAAAAAUAUCAUAAGCUGUUUUCUGAUGGAGACUGCUUUUCAAAUAACUGCAUUCUAACUCAGCUUUUCCAGUCAUACAGUUCUUGGAAAGAGCCCCUUUAAUCUGUUAGUCCAGAUUCUGAUAGCAGUGUUCUGCAAACCCAACCCAACCCAACCCAACCCAAGAAAACAGCUCGUCUAGUCCUAGCUCACCCCCACCCCCCUGCCCCUGUGGAGGUGGUUACCAAGGAGAAGCGCAAAGAUCACACUUCAGCUUAUUUCGUAGGUUAUACAGAGACAUUUUCAAAUAAUCGGCCAAUUCACCUCUCAGAGCCAAAGUAAAAUAGAGCUAUGAUCACCUUAAAGGAGGUCGGUAAUAGGCUCUCAUUGUAAAAAUAACAUGAUUCCUGCAUAUGAGCUAAAUUGUAUUCAUACAAAAGCCAAAAUCACUCAUCAUUCUACAGUUUAGAAUUAUCCACUGUAAACAUUACAAUUUUAUAUAUGGUUGAUUAUGUUGUUUAUAAUCUGUUCUCUUUUCAUACCAUAAACAUUUUUCCAUCUGAAAAAAAUUUUUUAUGGCUGACUACUAUUCUAUCACAUGGAUGUAAUAAUUUAACCAUUUCCUUAACUGUUCCUUGGACAUUGACGCUAUUUCCCACCAUCUCACUAUUAUAACACUAUAAGGAACACCGUCACCAUGAAUGCUCUGCAUGUUUCAUGAAGGUCAGAAGUGUGACUAAAGACCACGUACAUUAGUCGAAUGCAUUUAAGAAAUGAAGUAAAAAUGAAUCAUUUUAUACUUCCCAA